AACCGCCCGGGCCCGGAAGUGCGCGCUGCGAGCAUGCGCGGCCGGAGGCACCUGGGCAGGUUAGGGCGGAGAGGAAGCGGCUGCCGGGCCCGCCUGGGACGCCCCCCCCGCCGCCGCCGCCGCCGCCAUGAUGCGCUUCAUGCUGCUCUUCAGCCGGCAAGGGAAGCUGCGCCUGCAGAAGUGGUACCUGGCCACCUCCGACAAGGACAAGAAGAAGGUGGUGCGGGAGCUCAUGCAGGUGGUGCUGGCCCGCAAGCCCAAGAUGUGCAGCUUCCUGGAAUGGAGGGACCUGAAGGUGGUCUACAAGAGGUAUGCCAGCCUGUACUUCUGCUGUGCCAUCGAGGGGCAGGACAAUGAGCUGAUCACCCUGGAACUCAUCCAUCGAUAUGUGGAGCUGCUGGACAAAUAUUUUGGCAGUGUGUGUGAACUGGACAUCAUCUUCAACUUCGAGAAAGCCUACUUCAUCCUGGACGAGUUCCUGAUGGGGGGGGAGGUGCAGGACACCUCCAAGAAGAGCGUCCUGAAGGCCAUUGAGCAGGCAGAUCUCUUGCAGGAGGAGGAUGAGUCUCCCCGGAGCGUCUUGGAGGAGAUGGGGCUGGCGUAGCUUGGCCCCAUUCAGAAUCUCAGGCCGUCCUCCCUCGCCGCCCCACCUCUCCCCUCCCCCACUGCGGAUACCGACUCCCGGGACUCCGGCAGGUGGGCAGCUGGGCUCUGCAGCCACCCGGCUCCGGGGCAGGAGGACGAGGGGCAGUCUCCGUCAUGGUCCCGGGUGCUGGCAGUGAACGGCUCUCCUGCGACCUCCUUCAUCACCCUCUCGUC